CUUCGGAUAAAAUUAGUGACGAAGAACUAGGAUUAUCCUUAGCACUUAGCAGGUCCAAGUAACGAUGCUCUAACACACGUAAAUUCUUCAUCCCGUUAAUAAUUACUCGACUAUCGUACUGGUUUCAAAAUAAUCUCAACACAGAACCACCGACUUCAGCGGGUCGACAAAUCCAGUGCAAAUCUAUCAUACAUUUCUAUUUGAUUUUUGAAUAUAAUUCAAGUACAUUGAACGGAGACAAUAGAAGAUGUUCGGAAUACUGGCGUCAACGCUUUUGAAUGCCACCAGGCAAGUUGCUCCGAGGUUCCUUCAGAGGCAGCUCCACGCUGUGUCCCAAGGUUUGAUUACAAAGGGCUUGUGUGCUCCGGGUAUCGAGAAUACCGUAACAGGAGGAAGUUGGGCGUUGAUCCCUGUACGAACUCACGUACGUAAUCAUUUUCCUUAUCCAAUGGAGCAAAGGCGCAUCAAACGACACGGCUACUGGAAAAGAAUGUCCACACUCAGCGGCAGAAGAAUUCUGAUGAGGAGAAUUUUAAAAGGAAGACAUGUGCUUAGCCAUUGAACGUGAUAUAAAUUGUCUUUCAAAUAUUAAUAGCUGGUAUUUCAGAACAGUUACAAUGAUCUUUAUUUCACAUUGAAUAAACUUUGCAACAGUUAGAAACUGA